AGUUUGCGCUCGUACGCCGCACGCGCUACAACCGGCGACGACUUUGUGAAAUCACAGCGUGCAAACACGCGAAUCAAACCACAAAUUAAAUUUCCACACGCAAAAAAUAAAAAUUCAUGAAGAAAAUGAUCCGGAAAUUAUUUUCGUUUAUUUUAUGUAAAUUUUCAAAUCGAUAAAAAUGUGAAGCAACUUUUUUGGCAUAUUUUUACGAAAAUGGACAUUUGAUACGAUUAUUUUUACGUUUUCCAAACGGGUGGUAAGAAGUUUUGAGCUCAGUGCGGUUUAGGAGUGUGACAUUCAGACACGAGUGGGUGACAAACUGUAACAUGUGUUGACACAACUUUUGCUGACGGUUUGAUUCGCCGAAAAUCGCCGGCAACAUGCGCUCGACAACAUGCGUCCUCCUACUGGCCACAUUCUUUCUCUAUGUCGGUUGUGACAACUGGCAGGAAUGGUGGACGUACGAUGGAAUAUCUGGUCCAGGAUAUUGGGGCCUAAUGAAUCCCCAAUGGAACAUGUGUUCCAAAGGACGCCGCCAGAGUCCAAUAAAUGUGGAACCAGACAAACUACUUUUUGAUCCUUUUUUAAGACACAUUCAUCUGGAUAAACACAAGGUCAGCGGAAUGCUGCACAACACAGGACAGUCACUAGUUUUCCGGGUGGAUAAAGACACCAAACAACACGUGAAUAUCUCCGGAGGUCCUUUGGCGUAUCGUUAUCAGUUUGAAGAAAUCUACAUACAUUACGGUAUUGAAAAUCGGCAAGGAUCUGAACAUCACAUUCAAGGAUAUUCAUUUCCAGGCGAAAUACAACUUUAUGGAUUCAAUAAAGAAUUAUACCACAACAUGUCGGAGGCCCAGCACAAAGCGCAAGGCAUCGUUGCAAUCUCCUUAAUGGUGCAGAUCGGCGAUACGCCCAACCCCGAGCUGCGCAUCAUCACGAGCACCUUUAAUAAAGUCCAAUAUAAGGGAGCAUCAACACCAAUUAAACAUUUAUCCUUGCGUAGUUUGUUACCGGAUACGGAGCAUUUUAUGACCUACGAAGGAUCAACAACGCAUCCAGGCUGUUGGGAGACGACAGUAUGGGUUAUACUCAAUAAACCAAUUUACAUCACUAAACAUGAGUUGUAUGCGUUGAGGAAACUAAUGCAAGGAUCGGAGGACGCACCGAAGGCUCCAUUGGGAAAUAAUGCUCGUCCUUUGCAACCUCUUCAUCAUCGGACGGUUCGGACGAAUAUAAAUUUCCAAAAUACACAGAACAACAACUGUCCGAGCAUGUACAAGGAGAUGUAUUACAAAGGUAAUAAUGCUAAUAAAUGGAGUCCCGUCGAUGUCAAAGAGGUCGGCACCUUGCAGUUCUCGCUGCAUUGAAGAACCGGAAGGACGCUUCGAGUGAGUAGUGAGUAGUGCCGGUUAUUUUACCGCCGCCUCCCUAACCGCACGGACGAGGCACUAAAAACUUAAUGAUAGUCAAUAAUAAUGUUAAACUUGCGCGCCCCAGCGCUAACAAGCCGCCAUCUAGCCAUCAAACGGACGAAUGUUCGAGGACACGACCCGAGGCGAAAAUGGCGCACAGCUAACUUUGUUACGAGUAUGUAAAACUAACUGCAAAUCGGCCAAUAAACCACCAAGCAACUCAUAAAAGUAAGAAAACAUGAUAAAACACGUCAUAUUGCAUAAAGAAACAUCCUAUGAUAUAAAUAAAACCACCACAAUUAAAAAUGAAUGUAUAUACGUAUGAGAAUUUAAGGUUAUGAUUGUUUCGAGUAUGAUUCUCAUUGAAUUAGUCUUUAUAACCUACGUAUUAGGCCUGAGGAGUUGUAGAUUGAGGUUAGGGAACGUCGAGUUCUAGCUAAUGUGUGUGUGCCAGCGGAUUUGUACCCUAGUAGCAAAUUAUAAACAAAAAAUGAUGAGGAUUAUUCUCAUUUCUUACCAAAAAUUCUUCGCUGACUUGUAAUUAAUUAAUUAAUUAUUAAUAUAAUAAAGAACGAAAUGUUAUUAUGAAAAAUACUUGUGAUAUUCUGCAAUGCAAUAACGUAUCUUUCAACUUUUAACUUAUUCAAAAUGAAAAAGUUUAGCAAUACAUUGAAAAAAAAUCAAAAAAAAAACUCAGAAAAUUCAUUUUGAGUUUUUGCGAAAUAAAUCAAAAUAAUUCAGCUCUGUAAACAUUUUUGAAGCGUUUUUGUUUUUGAUGUUUUAUUGUGUUUCAUUAGGGUUUUAUUAUGUUUCAUUAAGGUGUUGUGCAUUGUGUUGUGGCCAAAGUGGAGCGCAAUUUUCGUUUUAUUCACUUCAGCGGUGAGUUUUCACGAUUCUCGUGAUUUAAUCUGAUUUAAUCUCUUAACUGUUUACAUUAUCAAAACAAAAGCAGCACAAAUGAAUACCGGCGCAUGAAAACGAAUGAAAACAAACGAGAGCGUAAUUGUCAGCUAAUGAGAAUGAGAUUAGCAUGCGAAAUGUAAAAAACACUUAAUAUUCCUGCCGCAGAUAUAAAAAAAGUUACAUGACAGACAUGAAAAGAAACGCAGCAAAUUAAAAAAUGAAUUAAAAUUAGUAUUUACGUGAAUUGCGGCGGCACGAACGCUGGGUUUAUUAAUUUUCAAGCGGAAAUAUUUAUUAAUAACCUGAUACAAUCAAUUACAACCACAAACAAGUCAAAUUUGUUACGAUUUUCGAGUAAUAUUGCAUUUUUGCUUCUGGUUUUGGUUUGAAUUGAUAUUUACAAGUAACAUAAUGUCAAAAUAUGUAAAUAUGUACGCCUGUAAUGAUGUAAUUAAACCGUUUAGCUAUUAAGAAGUCAAACUGCUACUGAAACUAAUAAUUACGAUAAUUAACUAAUUAAGAACUAAAAAAGCAUUGCGAUAUAAAAAGAAAAUAACAUGUAUAAAAGAGUAACAAAGUAAACAAUGUAAAAUGUAACACAGAGUAAAAGAAAGUUUGUUGACUUAUUAUUAAUGUUUGUAAGUAUUACUUAUAUAGUGUUAUUUUAUUUUAAUUAUAAACGAACAGAAAUCAGGUUUGUGUUCGAUUUGUAAAACAGCGUACUGUAUGCAACCCAUUAAACAUUUUACGUAACUUCACACUCUAACCACACACUUGUGAUGCGGUAUGCUAGGUGUAUAUUGGGUUGCAUAUAAUAUUUUUACAAAACGUACAUAAACUUUUAAACUGUUUCAAUAAAUUUACAUUAUAUAGUAUCAAAACGAUAAAACAACAACUAAUUAUACAAUAAAUGCGUGAAUGAGUUAUUAUUAUUAAAUUUUUAGAUGAAAAAUGUACAACAAACUGUAUUUAUUUACGAUUUUAUGUAAAAAUUCUACGAUGCAGGUUUCGUUCUCAACUAAAACACAGUUUGCAGCGAAUGCAGUGACAUAAGAACGCAAACAAAGUCCAAUUUUAUUAGCGCCACGCGUACGAUGUAUGAAUAAUGAAUUAUUUAUUAAGUAUAUUGUCAUUAUAAUAAAACCUAGUAAGCAAAGGCGAAGCAAUGCGAUGUGCGAAUGUGGAUGCAACGCAAUGAAAUGUUGGAUUGAGGUUAUGAGCAAAAUGAUUGCGAAAUAAAAGUGUAAAAUAUUCAA